UUCUUUCAAUCAACUCCUUCGCAAAGUUGCGUUUUUAAAAAAUAAUAAAAAGAAAAGUACCUAAAUAUCUAGAAUAAAUUCUAUUCGAGUAUCAUUCAAGACACCAACAUGUUCGUAGUAAAACGAAAUGGAACAAAGGAAAAGAUUAACUGCGAUAAAGUCACUUCAAGAAUCAAUCAUCUUUGUUUUGGACUGGAUUCAAAAUUUGUUGAAGCUAAACGGAUAACAAGCAAGAUCUUAAAUGGACUUUAUGAUGGAGUAACAAGUGUGGAACUUGAUAAUUUACUAGCUGAAACAGCUGCAACAUUAACAACUGUCCAUUCUGACUUCUCCAUACUUGCUGCUCGAAUUUCUGUAACAAAUUUGUAUAAAGUAACAAAGAGCACUUUCAGUGAUGUCAUCGAUGAUCUCUACAAUAUGGAAAAUGAAUAUUUAAAAGUGAAAUCACCAAUGAUCAGUGAUUUUCAUCAUGAAAUCAUCAUGAAGAAUGCAAACCAAAUCAACAGCGCAAUCGUCCAUGAUCAUGAUUUUGCUUACAAUUAUUUCGGAUUCAAAACAUUGGAACGAAGUUAUUUGUUGAAAAUUAAAGGGAAAAUUGUCGAGAGACCUCAACACAUGUUGAUGCGAGUAGCUAUCGGAAUUCAUGGUGCAGACAUUAAUGCAGCAAUUGAAACUUACAAUUUAUUAUCACAACGAUACUUCACUCAUGCAUCGCCAACACUUUUUGCUGCUGCAACAAGAAGACCUCAAUUAUCGUCUUGUUUUCUACUCUCAAUGUCGGAGGAUUCUAUCGAAGGUGUUUUCCACACACUCACCCAAUGUGCUCUCAUCAGCAAAUCUGCUGGUGGAAUUGGAUUGAACGUUCAUUGCAUUCGAGCUAGGGGAAGUUACAUUGCAGGCACAAAUGGCAUUGCUAAUGGUCUUGUCCCUAUGUUGCGAGUAUUCAACAACACCGCUUGUUAUGUUGACCAGAGUGGUAAUAAACGUCCUGGAGCUUUCGCCAUUUAUCUUGAACCAUGGCAUGGCGACAUCUUCGAGUUUCUGAAUCUUAAGAAAAAUACGGGAGAGGAAAAAGUAAGAGCCAGGGAUAUGUUUUAUGGUCUUUGGAUUCCAGAUUUGUUUAUGCGUCGUGUUGAGAGUAAUGGAAUGUGGUCUUUGAUGUGUCCCUACAACAGUCCAGGAUUGUUUGAAGUUUGGGGAGAAGAAUUUGAUAAACUUUACGAGAAAUAUGAAAGUGAAGGCCGAUAUAUUCGUCAAAUUAAAGCACAAGAUCUUUGGUUUGCCAUUAUUGAGUCUCAAGUGGAAACGGGAACGCCUUACAUGCUUUACAAAGAUGCAUGCAAUCGAAAAUCAAACCAACAGAAUCUUGGAACGAUUCAUUGUUCAAAUCUUUGCACAGAGAUUCUUGAAUAUUCCAAUAAAAAUGAAGUAGCUGUUUGUAAUUUGGCUUCGAUAGCUCUAAACAUGUUUGUUGUGACGAAAAAUGAAGGAGAAAUUUCGUAUGAUUUUGAAAAGUUGAAGGAAGUUGCCAAGAUUGUAGCAAGAAAUCUGAAUAAAAUCAUCGAUGUGAACUUUUAUCCAAUACCAGAAGCUAAAAAAUCCAACAUGCGUCAUCGACCAAUUGGAAUUGGAGUUCAAGGUUUAGCCGAUGCAUUUAUCAUGAUGAGAAUGCCUUUUGAAUCAGCCGAAGCAAGUAAACUUAAUAAACAGAUUUUCGAGACAAUUUAUUUCGGCGCAUUAGAAGCAAGUUGUGAACUUUCUGAAGAACUUGGAACUUAUGAGACUUACCAAGGUUCUCCAGUGUCGAAAGGAAUUCUGCAAUUCGACAUGUGGAAUGAAACGCCAACCGAUCUUUGGGAUUGGUCAACUUUAAAGAGUAAAAUCGCAAAACAUGGCGUGAGAAAUUCUUUGUUAAUCGCACCAAUGCCAACUGCUUCAACAGCCCAAAUUUUAGGUAACAAUGAAAGCUUCGAACCAUACACAAGUAACGUCUACAAUCGUCGAGUUUUAAGUGGAGAAUUUCAAGUUGUCAACCAUCAUCUUAUUAAAGAUUUAACCAAACUUAACUUGUGGAAUGAUAACAUGAAGAAUAAAAUUAUUGCACACAACGGAUCAGUUCAACAAAUCGAAGAAAUUCCCGAAAAAGUUCGUGAGAUUUAUAAGACUGUUUGGGAAAUAUCAAUCAAGAAGCAAAUUCAAAUGGCAGCUGAUCGUGGCGCAUUUAUUGAUCAGUCGCAGUCGUUUAAUAUUCACGUGGCUGAGCCUAAUUAUGGCAAACUCACGUCUAUUCAUUUCUAUGCUUGGAAUAAAGGACUUAAGACUGGAAUGUAUUACCUUCGAACAAAACCAGCAGCAAAUGCAAUUCAAUUUACUGUUGACAAGCAAAAAUUAACUCAAUCAGUGAAUGGUGAUAAUUCUUCUGAUAAACCAACUGAAAAUUCACAAAAAGCAAAUGACAUUGAUGGAUUAGACAAGAAGUUAGAUAAAAUGGUUUGUUCGUUGGAAAAUAAAGACGAAUGCUUAAUGUGUGGCUCUUAA